AUGGACGCAGGGCCAACCCCAGUGCCGACGGUGCGNGCCGGUAACGGAGCUGAGCCUAAGACGCUUAUGCGAGAAGAGAUCUCGACACCGCAGCCGGAAUCGACGGCCAAGGCUGAGACCGAUAGCUCCGCCUCCGACGCUGGUCGUGGCCGUGAUCGGUGGUGGGGCGGUCGCGUCUCGAGCAAUGUCGCCCCGGCGUCGGAGGAAAGCGUUGGGGAGCGAUCGUCGGCAGAGCCUGACGACCGUCGCGUGACCGGUGAACAAGACAGCCAGAUUGAUCUCGCAGCAGGAGCAGCAGAGACAGACGGAGCCCACUCGAGCAGUAUCGGCGGCGGUGUGAACUCGAUCCCUUGGUUGAAACCGGCAAAGGGAGCUCCCGCUGAUGGUUCGACGGCCACCCGCAAGGAUUAUACGAGAGGUGGCAAGCCGAAGUGGCGAAAGGGCAGUGGGCGUGGGGACGUGGAUGGGUCUGAAGCGAAGAAGGCGGAGGAACGUGGUGGCGAUUCGGCGAGCUCGGUCACGGUCGAACCACAAGGAGCCGGAGGACUUGUGGUACCGUCGGCGUCGGAGGAGCCGGUCCCAGAGGCCGAAGCCGCUACCGUGGUGGUGCUUCCGGCGAUGGUGGAUGAUGUCGCUGCCAUUGAUGAGGAGGUGAUGUCCCCAGGGGAGCAGACGGUGGAGCAAGGCGAGACAGAGGCAGCGGGGGUCCCUGAUGUUGACGAUGAUACCCCGGUGGAGACUGCUGUCGCUGUUGAGACUGAGAGCGAGGACUCCGAUUCCCGAUUACCGGCGACUGAUGCAGCGGGCGCAACUGAUUCUUCAUCGGAGCAAUUUGGGAGUAGCCCGGGAGACAGGGCGAAGGAAGCUGCAGCGAGAGAAGAUAUCGCAGGUGGUUGUUCGGACGGAGGAGAAGCUACAGGUGGAAGCGGCAUAUCAACGUCAGCGGAUGCGUGCACGGAGCCCAUGUCGCUCGAGAGCGCGGAUGCAAGGGCCGACCCCAGUGCCGAUGGUGCAGGCGUCGAGGAGGGCGAUGUGGAUGGAAAGGCUGCCCUAGCGAAAGAAAAGAGCAUCAAUGACGAUAUCCUCAUGGCAGGUAAAGACACAAGCGACGGCAGCGUGAGUGGUGGAGGUGACAGUGGCAGCGGUAGCAGUAGUCGCAGUCCUGAAGCCACUACGGAGGAGGUUGGUGAAGAUUUGGAGAGCUCGGUCACGGCCGACACACAAGUGUCGGUUCCAACGGCGGAAAACGUUCCCGCGACCAUGGAUGCUGCUGCUGCAGUUGAUGUGGAGGUGGCGCCCGCAGGAGAGAACACGGUGGGGCAGGGCGAGACAGAGGCUGCGGGAGAGGUGUCGACAGACGGUGUCGGGGAUGUCUCAGGAGCUGCUGCAGAAGUGGAAAUUAUAGUUGCUGUAGACAAAGAUGCCGGUGGCCAGUCGCUGACCGGCCCAAAUGCCGAUCUCGAGGACCUGAUGGCGUCGUCAUCGGGAACGGCUGAUGUUGCAGCACGAGAUUCAUCUGUGGACGGAUCGCCAGAUGAUUCGGCAGCUCCUGGUGUUGACGAUAAGAGCCCGGCGGAGGCUAGUGUUGCUGUAAACACUGAAGGCGAGGACACCGAUCACACCCUGACGGCGACUGAUCAGGCGGAUGUGAAGAUUGGGUUUUCAUCCGAACAAUUUGCCAACGAUGCUACAGCCGACAGAGGUGUCACGGAGAGUGCUAUUGACGGAGAACAAACUACAGACAGCGGGGGCAUAUCGAAGACAGCGGGUGCGGGCGGGAAGUCCCCAUCGCUCGAGACCGCGGAUGCAAGGGCUAAGCCCGGUGCCGACGAUACAGGCGACAAUGAUGGCAAGAGUGCCCUAGCCAAGGAAGAAGAGAUCAUACAAGACGAUGUCGGCGUGGCAGACAAGGCCGCAAGGGACACCGGCGGGUUCGGUAGUGGAGGCGGAAGCUCCAGCGGUAAACGUACCGAGUCAAAAACUGACAAACAAGGCGACGUCUCGACACCCCAGCCGGCAUCGAUGCCCAAGGCUGAAACCGACAGCUCCAGCUCCGGCGCAAGGCGUUCAUCUGAGGACGGGUUGAUGGAUGGUUCGGGAGCCCCUGGUGCUGCGGAUGACAGCCUGGCAGAGGCUGUUGUCGCUGAAGACAGUCCAGGCGAGGACUCCGACGAUGCCUUGACGGCGGGUGAUGAGGCGAACGUGGAGGUCGGCUCUUCAUGGGAGCAACUUACCAGUAGCCCGAGGAAUACAGCGAAGGAAGCGAUAGCCGCAGUCGGUGUCGCAGAGAGUUCUUCGGACAAGGAAGAAGGUACAGGCAGCGGUAUGAUGUCGACGGCAUCGGGUGCGGGUGUGGAGACCACGUUGCUCGAUCCCGCGAAUGCAAGAUCGCACCACAUGAACGACAAGGCAAAGCCCGAUUCCGACGAUAUAGACGGUGAGGAGGGCAACGAUGACAAGAGUGCCCUGGUCAAGGAAGAAAGUAUCAUUAAAGGCGAUGCCUACGCUGCAGAAGAGGCUACUAGUGGUGGAGAUGACAGCGGCAGCCAUAACGGCACGAAACCCAAGACGGACAUGCGAGGUGAGGUCGCGAUACCGCAACCGGAAUCGACGGCUAAGGCUGCAACCGGUACGUCCGCCUCCGACGCUGGAAGUGGCGGUGGUCGGUGGCGGGGCGGUCGCGUCUCGGACACUGUCGCCCCGGUGCCCGAGGUGAGCGUCGGGGCGCGAGCUUCGGCAGAGCCUGACGAUGGUCGUGCGACUGAGGAGCAGGACAGUCAGGUUGAUUCGGCAGAAUCAGUAGCAGAGAUAGCCGGAGCCGACUCGAGCAGCGUCCGUGGCGAUGUGGACUCGUUUCCUUGGUUGCAGCCGGGCAAGGGCGCCCCCGGCGAUGGUUCGAGGACGUCGCGCAAGGUCUACGCCAGAGGCGGCAAGCCAAAGUGGCGAUACGGCAGUGGGCGUGGGGACGUCGGUGGUUUUGAAGCGAAGAAGCUGGAGAGUGGUGCCGGUUCGGAGAGCUCGGUCACGGCCGGCACGCAAGGAGCCGAAGGGCUCGUGGUGCCGUCGGCGUCUGAGGAGCCGCCUCCAAAGAUGGAAACCGCUACGGUGGCCGUAGAUGGUACUGCUGCAGUUGAUGAGGCGGUGGCGUUCCCAGGAGAGGAGAGGACGGUGGGAAAAGGCGAGAGAGAGGCAGCGGGAGUUUCAUUGAUGGGAGGAGCGGUGGACAUUUCUGGAGUUGGUGGUUUAGGCGUUGGCGGCGCUGUCUCUGUGGAUGCAAGCUCCGAUGGCGUGACUCCAGCCAACCCGGGCGCCAAGUUGGGAGACGAUGAGGGGUCCUCAUCGGCAACUGCUGAUGGUGCUGCAGGAGAUUCAGCUCUUGACGGGUUGAUGAGCGGUUCUGGAGCCCCUGGUGCUGCGGAUGACAGCCUGGCAGAGGCUGUAGGCACUGUAGAAAGUCCAGGCAAGGACUCCGAUGAUUAUUUGACGGCGGGUGAUGAGGCGAAUGUUGAAGUCGUUUGUUCAUCGGAGCAACUGCCGAGUAACCCGGGGGAUACACCGAAUGAAGCGAUAGUCAGAGAUCGUGUCGCAGAGAUUUCUUCGGACAAAGAAGCUCCAGGCAGCGGUACCAUGUCGGUGGCAUCGGGUGCGGGCACAGAGACCACGUCGCUCGAGCCCGAGGAUUCAAGGGCCAAGCCCAGUGCCAACGAUACAGACAGCGAGGAGGGCGACGAUGAUCGGAAGGGUGCCCCAGCCAAGGAAGAAGAGGACAUCACGGACGAUGUCGACCCUGCAGACAAGGUUACAAGCGACACCAGCGGUGGAUACGACAGCGGCGGCGAUAAAGGUGCUGGGUCGAUAGCGGAUCCCCAAGGUAACGUGUCGGCACCUCAGCUGGAAUGGACGACCAAGACUGAAACCGACAGCUCCGCCUCCGAGGCUGGGCGAGGCCGUCGUCCGUUGUGGCGCGGGUCCGAGGUCGACGUUGGGGAGGGAGCGUCGUCAGAGCCUUACGGUGGGCUUCCGGGUGAGGAACAGGACGGUCAGGUGGAUCUCGCACAAGGAGUAACAGAGGCGGAUGAAGCCAAUUCGAGCAGUGUCCGGGAUGGUGUGGACUCAGUCCCGUGGUGGAAGGCGGCCAAGAGCGCCCUCGGUGAUGGUUGGCGGGCAUCGCGCAAGGAUUUAUCAAGAAGCGGCAAGCCAAGAGGGCGAAAGGGCAGUGGCCGUGGGGACGUCGGUGUUUCUGCGCCCACGAACGUCGGCAGUUCUGAAGGAAAGAAGACAGAGGAAAGAGGUGGGAAUUUUGAGAGCUCGGUCACGGCCGACACGCAAGGAGCCGAAGAGCUUGUGGUACUGUCGGCGUCUGAGGAGCAGCUUCCAAAGGUAGAAAAGGAUACCGCCGUGGAUGGUACUGCUGCAGUUAAUGAGGCAGUGGCGUCCCCAGAAGAGGAGAGGACGGGGGAGCAAGUUGCGACAGAGGCAGCGGGAGUAUCAUUGGUGGGCGGAGCGGCAGAUAUGUCUGGACUAAGUGGUUUGGGCGAUGGCGGCACUAUCUCUGUGGGCCGAAGUUCCGAUGGGGUGACGACGGCCGGCCCAUGUCCCAGUCUUCCAAACGAUCAAGUAUCCUCUUCUUCGAUUACCGACGGCGCUGGAGGAGAAUCAUCUGUGGACGAAACGAUGAGCGGCUCGGGAGCCCCUGGUGCUGGGGAUAACGGCCAGGCAGGGGCCGUUGUCGCCGAAGGCAGUCCAGGCGAGGACGUCUUGACGGCGGGUGAUGAGGCGAAUGUGGAGGUCGGUUCUUCAUCGGAGCAACUGCCGAGUAGCCCGAGGGAUACAGCGAAGGAAGGGACAGCCGAAGACGGUGUCGCAGAGAGUUCUUCGGACAAGGAAGAUAGUACAAGCAGCGGUUUGAUAUCGACAGCGUCGGGUGCGGGUGUGGAGACCACGUCCCUCGAGGCCACGGAUGCAAGGGCCAAGCCUACCGCCGACGAUACAGACGGCGAGGAGGGUGACGACUAUGGCAAGAGCUCAGAGGAGAGCAUUCAGGACAAUGUCAACGCUGCAGACAAGCCUACAAGCGGCAACAGUGGUGGAGGAGACAGCGGUAGCGACAACGGUGCUGCUGAGUCGAAGGCAGGCACCCGAGGUGAGGUCUCAACACCGCAGCCGGAGUCGAUGGCCAAGGCUGCAACCGACACCUCCACCUCCGACGCUGGACGUGGCGGUGGUCGGUGGUGGGGCGGUCGCGUUUCGAACGCUGUCGCCCCGGCGUCCGAGGUUAGCGCCGCGGAGCUAUCGACUGCAGAGCUUGACGAUGGUCGUGCGACUGUGGAGAAGGACAGCCAGGUGGAUCCCGCAGCGGGAGCAGCAGAGACAGAUGGAGCCGACUCGAGCAGCGUCCGUGACGGUGUGGACUCGUUCCCAUGGGGCAAACCGGUCAAGAGUGCCCCUGAUGAUCGUUCGAGGGCGUCGCGCAAGCAAUACGCUAGAAGCAGCAAGUGGCGAAAGGGCAGUGGGCGAGGGGACGUCGGUGAUUCCGAGGCGAUGAACACGGAGAAGAGUGGUAGCGGUUUUGAGAGUUUCGUCACAGCAGACAGGCAAGAAACCAAAGGACUUGCGGUACCGUCGGUGUCUGAGGAGCCGGCCCCAAAAAUGGAAAAGGCCACGGUGGAAGUGAAUGAUAUUGCUGCAGUUGAUGAGACGAUGGCGUCCCCACGAGAGGAGAGACCGGGGGGGCAAGCGGAGACGGAGGCAGCGGGAGUAUCAUUGAUGGGUGGCUCGGGAGUAGGCGGUUUAAGCGAUGUCGGCUCUGCCUCUGUGGACGGAACUUCCGAUGGCGUGACGACGGCCGGCCCAGAAGCAGAUGUCAAAGACGAUGAAGGUUCGUCAUCUUUAACUGCUGAUGGUGCUGCAGGAGAAUCAUCCGUGGACGGAUUGAUGACCGGUUCGGGAGCCCCUGGUGCUGCGGAUGACAGCCUGGCAGAGGCUGCUGUUGCUCAAGACAGUCCAGGCGAGGACUCCGACGACGCCUUGACGGCGGGUGAUGAGGCGAAUGUGGAGGUCGGCUCUUCAUCGGAGCAACUUGCCAGUAGCUCGAGGGAUACAGCGAAGGGAGGGACAGCCGAGGAACGUGUCGUAGGGAGUUCUUCGGACAGAGAAGAAGCUUCAGGCGGCGGUAUGAUGUCGACGGCAUUGGGUGCGGGUGUGGAGACCACGUUGCUCGAUCCCGCGGAUGCAAGGGCCAAGCUGACCGCCGACGACACAAACGGCGAGGAGGGUGACGACGAUGGCAAGGGUGCACCAGAGAGCAUCCAAGACGAUGUCGACGCUGCAGACAAGCCUACAAGCGAUGGCAGUGGUGGAGGCAGUAGCGGUAGCGAAGUCGUUGCUGCUGAGUCGAAGAAUUACACGCGAGGUGAGGUCUCAACACCGCAGCCGGAAUCGACGACCAAGGCUGAGACUGACACCUCCGCCUCGGACGCUGGACGUGGCCGUGAUCGGUGGCUGGGCGGUCGCGUCUCGAAUGCUGUCGGCCCGGCGUCCGAGGUUAUCGACUUGGAGCGUUCGUCGGCAAAGCCUGACGAUGACGAUGGUCGUGCGACUGUGGAGGAGGACAGCCAGGUGGAUCCCGCAGAAGCAGUAGCACAGACAGACGGAGCCGACUCCAGCAGCGUCCGUAGUGAUGUGGACUCGUUCCCUUGGUUGAAGCCGGCGAAGGGCGCCCCCGGUGACAUUUCGAGGGCCGCUCGCAAGGACUUGGCUAGAAGCGGCAAGCCAAAGUGGUUAAGGGGCAGUGGCCGUGUGAAUGUGGAUGGUUCUGAGGGGACGGGGGCGGAGGAGAGUUAUGGGGGUUUGGAGAACUCGGUCGCGCCCGACACACGAAGAGCCGAAGGGCUCGUGGUACCGUCGGCGUCUGAGGAGCCGGCCCCAAAGGUGGAACAGCCCACGGUGGCCGCUGCUGCAGUUGAUGAGGCGGUGGCGUCCACAGGAGAGGAGAGGACGGUGGGACAAGACGAUUCAAAGACAGGGGAAGGUUUUGUGAAGGACGGAGUGGUUGAUGUCUCGGGCGCGGCAGGUUUAGGCGAUGUCAGCGCCGUCUCUGUGGACGGACGUUCCGAUCGCGUGACGACAGCCGGCCCGGAAGCCGAUCUUGAAGACGAUGGGGCAUCAUCAUCGGCAGUUGCUGAUGUCGGCACGGGAGAUUCGCCUAUUGACAGGUUGGUGGAUGUUUCUCGAGCCUCUGGCGCUGGGGAUGACCGGCCGUCGGAGAAUGCUGUCGCUGUGGACAGUCCAGGCCAGGACUCCAAUGACGCUUUGACGGCGGCCGACAAGCCGGAUGGGAAGAUUGGUUCUUCAUCGGGGCAAGUUUCGAGUGGCCCGGGAGAGAGGGCAAAGGAAGCUACAGCCGGUGAUGGUGUCACCACGUCGCUCGAGCCCGCGGACGCAAGGGCCAAGCCCAGCGCAGACGAAACCGACGGCAAGGAGGGUGACGAGAAUGGCAAGCGUGCCGUAACCAAGGAAGAAGAGGGCGUGCAAGACGACAUCGGCACGGCAGACAAGCCUACAAGCGACACCAGCGGUGGAGAUGACAGCGGCAGCGGCAAGGUUGCUGACCCCAAGAUGGACAUGGGAGGUCAGGUCUCAACACCGCAGCCGGAAGCCAAACCUACAACCGACACCAGCGGUGGAGAUAGCGGCAGCGGUAACGCUGCUGAACCCAAGACGGACAUGGGAGGAGAGGUCUCAACACCGCAGCCAGAAUCGACGGCCAAGGCUGAAACCGACGCCUCGACCUCCGGCACUGGACGUGGCCGUGGUCGCUGGUGGGGCGGUCGCGUCUUGAACACUGUCGCCCCCGCGUCCGAGGUUGGGGUUGGGGAGCGGACUUUGGCAAAGCCUAAAGAUGAUCCUUCGACGGAGGAACAGGACAGCCAGCUGGAUCCCGCAGAACCAGUAGCAGAGGCAGACGAAGCCGACUCGAGCAGCGUCCGCGGCGAUGUGGAAUUGGUCCCUCGGUGGACGCCGGCCGAGGACACCCGCGGUGACGUUUCGAGGACCUCGCGCAAGGACUACACUAGAAGCGGCAAGCCAAAGUGGAAAAAGAGCAGUGGGCGUGGAGACGUGGAUGGUUCUGAAGCGAAGAAGACGGAGGAGAGUGAUGGCGACUUGGAGAGCUCGAUCACGGCCGACACACAAGGAACCGAAGAGCUCGUGGUACCGUCGGCGUCUGAGGAGCCGCUUCCAACGGCAUCGGUGGUUGUGGAUGAUACCGGUGCUGUUGAUGAGGAGGUUUCGUCCGCGGAAGAGGAGACGGCAUUGGGACAAGACGAGACAGAGACAGCGGAAGGUUCAUUGAUGCACGGAGUGGUAGAUGUCUUAGGAGUAGGCGCUGUAGGCGUCGGCGGCGCCGUCUCUGCGGACACUAACUCAGACGGCGUGACGAAAGCCGACCCGCACGCCGAUCUCGAAGACGAUGAGGAGUCGUCAUCGGCAACUGAUGAUGGUGCAGUGUGGCACUCACCUGAGGGUGGAUUAAUAGAUGAUUCGGGUGCGCCUCGUGGUGAUGAUGACCGAUCGGCGGAGGGUGUUGCCGCUGCAGACACUAGCGGCGGGGACACUCGUGACGGUUUGAGGGCGAGUGAUCAGACCGAUGCGGGAGUUGCGUCUUCAUCGGAGCAACUUGUGACUAGCACGAGGGAUACAGCGGAGGCUGAUGCAGCCGAGGAGGGUGUCACAGAGAGUGCUUUGGGCGGAGAACCAGCUUGUGGCAGCGAAGAUUUUUCGACGGCAGUUGAUUCGAGGGCGCAGAUCACGUCGCCCGAGACCGCGGACGCAAGGGCCACGCCCAGAACCGACGAUACAGACGGCGAGGACGGGGGCGAUGAUGGCAAGGGCUCCCUAGCCAAGGAAGAGGAGAGCAUCCAAGAUGAUGUUGACACGGCAGACAAGGUUAUAAGCGACGCCAGCGAUGCAGUUGUCGGCGGCAGCAAGAACGGUGCUGAACCCAAGGCGGGUAUGCUAGGAGAGGUCUCGACACCGCAGCCGGAGUCGACGGCCAAGGCUGAAGCCGACGGUGGCCGUGGUCGGUGGUGGGGCGGUCGCGUCCCGGACACUGUCGUCCAGGCGUCCGAUGUUGGCGUUGGGGAGCGAUCGCCGGUAGAGCCGGACGAUGGUCGUGCGACGGAGGAGCAGGACAGUCAGGUGACUUCAGCAGAAACAGUAGCAGAGGCAGACGGAGCGGACUUGAACAGCCUCCGCCGCGGUGUGGACUCAGCCCAUCGGUGGAAGCCGGCCAACGGUACCCCCGGUGAUGAUUCGAAGGCGUCGCCCAAGGACUACACUAGAAGCGGCAAGCCAAAGUGGCGCAAGGGCAGUGGCCGUGGGGACGUCGAUGGUUCUGAAACGAAGAAGGCGGAGGAGAGUGGCGGCGAUUCGGAGAUCUUGGUCACGGCCGACAUACAAGGAGCCGAAGAGCUUGUGGUACCGACGGCGUCUGAGGAGCCGAUCCCAAUGGUCGACGAAAACGCCGGGGACGACGCCUCGCCCACACUCAGUGCCACGGCUCCGAUGUUGUCUGGAGUAGCUGCUGGAGCCGAUGAUAGCACCUUGAGAAGAGCUACCGUUGUCGACACAAACCCCGAUAGCGCGUCAACAGCAGCGGAUUCACCGGAAUCGGAUAUCUCUCCUGCAUCGCAGCCGCAGUGGUUGACCAGAAGCCCGGGGACAAAGUCGGAGGAACCAGCGGAUUCAGGCAAUGUGUCACAAGGGAGCUGUGGUACGCCAACGACAGGUGAUGCAAGCACGGCAGCGGGGGAAGGAAAAGGAGAGGACGAUUGCGCAAAAGAAGCGAUAGAGGACAGGACGUCGGUAGGAGAGGGUGGUGUCGUCCUUGAGCGCGCCGCAGCCGCCGCAGAGACCGCAAGCGUCGGUUCUUCUGAGGGCGGUGUGACCGACGUGGCGAUCAAAGGUGCCGAUAUCAGCGUGGGACCCAGUGCGGGUGAUUUUCCCCGUGGAACGGCGGGAUCGGAGAGCGGCAGUGUUGUGACAGGUGCCGCUGAUGGUGCUGCGAAUGGUGUUGCGAUCGUUUCCGAUGUCGACGCCAAGCGCGCGAGAGACAAGGCCAAGCUGGGCGUGGUCAAGCUGCAGCAGGGUGAGGCGGAAAAAGCGAUAUCUUUGUUCGAGCAGGCGGCCUCCAUCGACCCAGGGUGGUGGGAAGUUUUCUACUACGCGGCUCUGGCUCACGAAACCCUCGGAAACACCGCAGCCGCCGCACACGCUCUUGUAUCCGCGCUUGGAAUCCCUGCCCAUACAGAGGACGUGGAGGUUGCAAAGCUAGCGACGCUUGCGUCGCAAGUGCUGGCGGCUCUCGAGGACGAUGAGCAGCACGGGUCGACGGCGGAAAUCCUCAAGACCGCCAUGGAUUCGUCAGGCCUGAUGUUCGCCGGCACGUCGUUCGUUCGCGGGGAAGGACGGGCGGGGGCAGGGCCCCCGGGAGAACCGAGAAACGAGCGGUCAUUGUCGGGGGGGGAUGCCCCUGAUGGCGGUGCCGUCCUCGAGGAGGAAAAAAAAGUCGACCUGUGCGACAAGAUCUGGGAGGUCAUUCGGGAGGUCACGGCCCCGCUUGAUGCGUCGGCGGCGGUCGACGCGCCAUCUGUUGAUGACGCAGGGGCCGCUGAACUAGCAGAGGACGAGGGGAGAGACGCCACCGAAGUACGCGCGACAUCGGUAGGCGUUGACCCUGACGCAGAUGGUUCCGCUGUGGCCGAUGAAGAAGGGGGCGGUGGCGCCGAGGAUGCCCUGUCCCAGCCGCGCAGGUCGACACGAACAUGGGCUAAGGGAAGCGGCUGGGCGAAGGGCAUGGGCUGGACGAAGGAGGCCCGUGGUGUUGGUGGGGCGCGCGACUCGCGCACUUGAUGACGGUAGAGAUGCCACCUCCCUUGUUUUUUUUUAGCACACUUGAGCCGACCGCCUCUGAGAGGGAGUGUCUGCUCUACUUUCCUUUGAGCUGUUUGUACUCCGUUGCGUAUUCGCCUUUCUGGAUUUUUACCAAUUUUUGGUCUUUUUCGUUUUUUGCGAGUGUUGCGUUCGGGCUCACUCUUUUCUGAGUAAUUUUUUUGUUUUGCGUGUACCUUGCUAAAUUAAGGGCAUAGCCUCUGGCCAUGGCAAUUUGUAUCUCUCCCGGUUAGAAUACGUAUUGCGGAACAAGAGGUACGGGGGGUCGGAAUGGUCUAUUACGUGCCAUAUACCAACAGCGAAAGAGGUCGUGUGUGUGCCUCACAGCCCGGUUAGCUCAAAAUUCGCCAGGAACGAAGCAUGCCUCCUGCAAGUCCUCGAACGGUGUAGUUUCGUCUCCCGCUUUGCCGCACGGCGCGAUAACAAGGCAACCUCUACGGGCUGUUGGUUGCGAGCUACGUGCCCGCCGGUGUAUGCCUGGCAGCAGUUCCGCGUGGUGUCCAGAACACUCCCCAGGCCAACCCUUGGUUUGUAGACUAUGCACAGUGGAGGGUUUACCCGCACCUUCCGGUUAGGUUCCGUUCGACAGGAGAAUGCGUGCCAGCACAGUAUUUGGGGACUCGAGGCCCGCAGAUGGAAACUUGAGCCCCGCUAGUGCGUCUCGCCCUGAUCUAUCUAUUAAUAGGGAUGUUUUGAUGUACGUAAACUAAGUUGCGCGUGGAUGGGUUCUCUUUGUACAAGUGAGUCUUGCGACUAUCUAGACGACCGCUGUUGCUGUCGUCGUGGAGUUUUUCCCGAAGACCACUGGGAGGUGACGGAGGUUUUGGUGCGGUUGGGAAAGGUAUCUUGGUGUUUGAUCACAAAUUGGCUGACGAAGGGAAAUGUAUUUUGUAGCCUCCUCGCUCCAUGUUAGUGGUGGAAUAUAUUCCCCAACAUUCGAAAGUUCAUUUUUUGCUUUUCCUUUCUGUGCGUCGAUACUUUAGUCGGGACCAACGUUAACCUUGGCCAGGAUUCGGUUCCCUCCGGCGUGUCGUGUGUAGUCAGACUCGCGUACUCUUGAGGUGCAGCCACUGUCUCGGGUGCCCACUCCAGUGAGUGUACACGGAGUUGAAAUUUAACGUGCCCCACCUCUAUUGGGCGGCCCAUAACAGCGCGCGGGGGCGGGGGGGUACCAGGAUUCCGGCGAUGGCCUUUUCUGUAUGAUUUGCUUUGGUUUUCAAGCGCCUGUAUACAUGUAAAGGUUUCGGGAGAGCAGCGACGGCGGUGGUAUUUUUCAUCUCCAGGAUGGACAUGCAAGUGGGUAUGUGGUGGUGGCGGAGAGAUAGAAGAGAUGACACACAUUUUAUUUAUUAGGUAGACACACUCACCUCUGUGCUUUUUGAGCACCCACAACAUA